AUGCGGUGUCUGGUGGUGGAUGGGCGUCCGGUGAGGCAGCAGGUGACUGCCACGUACCUGGCCCGCAUGGGGCUACGAGUUGACCUCUCUGAUAGCGUCCCUGCUGCUGCGCUGGCACUCAGGCACUUCCCCGGCAUCUACCAGGCACUCCCGGCAUCUACCAGGUGGGUGACUGUGAAUCAUCCCUGUGGCUGCCCUGGCACUGCCAUGUACCUGGCUCGCAUGGGCCUUCAAGUGGAUCUUGAAGCGUCCCUGCUGCUGCUGCCCUGGCGCUCAGACACUCCCGGCACCUCCCAGGGCCUGGUGAAUCGCAAGAGCCGGUGGGACAUGGUGGUGGUGGAUGCAGAUGCGGACGGGCCGGGCACGGGGAUAGAGCUGGGGCGCAUGGUGCAGCAACUGAAGGAGCUGAGAGAGGCGCCGGGCACGGGGAUAGAGCUGGGGCGCAUGGUGCAGCAACUGAAGGAGCUGAGAGAGGCGUGGGAGACCACUCCUAUCGUGCCCAAGCUGCUGCUGCUGCUCACUCAGACGACAAACGACGACUUGGAGGCAGAGGCAGCGAGGCACGGAUUUUCAUGCAUCAUGCUCAAGCCCCUGCGAACUGCCACCAUGGCCACCGCGCUCCUGCAGGCACUCGGGCUGAACCCACGAGAGACAACAGCACUGGCCACCAGGCGCAGGCAGCUGCUGCUGCGGCUGUGCCUCAAGGGGAAGCGGGUGUUGGUGGUAGACCACCAUUACAUCACGCGCAAGGCGGCUGCUGAGCUGGUUUCGCACUUUGCUGACGUGGUGGUGGCCGUUGACAGCUCAGUGGAGGCCCUCUCGCGGCUCACACCGCUGCCACACUCCUUCCAGCUCAUCCUCGUUAAUAUCCGACUCGCUGACAUGCCUGGCUUUGAAUUCACGGAGGAGGUGCGGCGCCGGGAGGCGGAGCACAACAAGGCGGAGGUCCAACGGUGGGGCGCCACGUCAGCGCAGAGAAUCCGCGUGCCGAUCCUGGGGUUGGUGUCAGACAUGCACCCUGAGAUGGUGGCGCGGUGGCGCGAUGUGGGCAUGGAUGGGUUGCUCACUACUCCCAUUGAUGAAGCCCAGCUGCUGACAGUGGCUUCCAGGCUGUUCAAGCCAUCAGAGCAGCACUAG